AGUAGUGCUCUUUAAUUWAUUUAUUUUCGUGAAGAAGAAGAUGAUCACCUGGGAUCAGCUCUCAAUGUAUGUCGCAACAGGAAGUUGUUGGCAUUCGGGGCAGACAACAACAAUAACAUUAGCAGAACAGCAGAGUUCUCAGUCGAAGUCCAUCCGACAAAUAUUAUCGAUGGAUAACACCGGAUAUUGCAACGAUAGCUUCAAUAGCAUACGAAGUAGUACAAGUGACGAGGACAUGGUGGAAAUAGCAGGGUCGACAUUAGACUUCUCUAACACGGAGGAUGUACCACCCUUGGACCGAGACUAUGGUUCUGGGGAUAACCCAGGUAUGGAGGAGGUGAACGGGGUUCCUAAACUGAUGGACCUGCUUGAUGAGCCUGUGCCUGGGGUGGGCACCUAUGAGGACUUUAACACCAUAGACUGGGUGCGGGAGAAGUCCAAAGACCGUGACCGGCACAGAGAGAUUACCAGUAAAAGCAAAGAGUCUACAUGGGCACUGGUGAACAGUGUCUGUGAUGCUUUCUCUGGAUGGCUGCUCAUGCUGCUGAUUGGACUCAUGUCAGGCGCGUUGGCAGGUGGGAUUGACAUAUCAGCCCACUGGAUGACCGACCUGAAGGAAGGGGUUUGUCUGAACGGGUUCUGGUUCAACCAUGAACACUGCUGUUGGACCUCCAACGAGACCACCUUCCAAGAGAGGGACAAAUGUCCACAGUGGAAAAGCUGGGCUGAGCUCAUUAUCGGCACAACAGAGGGUCCCUUUGCGUACAUUAUGAACUACCUAAUGUACGUGUGCUGGGCUCUGCUAUUCUCCUUCCUGGCCGUGACACUGGUCAGGGCCUUCGCCCCCUAUGCCUGUGGUUCUGGAAUCCCAGAGAUCAAAACCAUAUUGAGUGGUUUCAUCAUCCGAGGGUAUCUGGGGAAGUGGACCCUGGUGAUUAAGACCAUCACCCUGGUCCUGGCUGUGUCGUCGGGGCUCAGCCUGGGGAAGGAGGGGCCCCUGGUCCACGUGGCCUGCUGCUGUGGCAACAUCCUCUGCCACCUCUUCACCAAGUACCGCAAGAAUGAGGCCAAGCGCAGAGAGGUUCUCUCUGCCGCUGCAGCAGUUGGUGUGUCUGUGGCUUUUGGGGCCCCCAUAGGAGGAGUGCUCUUCAGUCUGGAGGAGGUGAGCUACUACUUCCCUCUGAAGACCCUGUGGCGGUCGUUCUUCGCAGCCCUGGUGGCAGCCUUCACCCUGCGCUCCAUCAACCCGUUUGGCAACAGCCGCCUGGUGCUGUUCUACGUGGAGUUCCACACCCCCUGGCACCUCCUGGAGCUUGUACCCUUCAUCCUCCUGGGCAUCUUCGGGGGCAUCUGGGGCGCCUUCUUCAUCCGCGCCAACAUCGCGUGGUGCCGGAGGCGUAAGACCACGUGGCUGGGCCACUACCCGGUCCUGGAGGUGCUGGUUGUCACCGCGGUGACGGCGGUGGUGGCUUUCCCUAACAGCUACACCCGCACUAGCACCAGUGAGCUCAUCUCUGAGCUCUUCAACGACUGUGGCCUGCUGGACUCCUCCAAGCUAUGUAACUAUGACAAUGCCAACGUCACCAAGAGCAGCAACGAGCUGCCGGACCGCCCGGCUGGAAAUGAUGUUUACACGGCCAUGUGGCAGCUGUCCCUGGCCCUGGUCUUUAAGAUGCUCAUCACCGUGGUUACCUUCGGCAUGAAGGUUCCCUCUGGUCUGUUCAUACCCAGCAUGGCGGUAGGGGCGAUCGCAGGCAGGCUGCUGGGAAUAGGCAUGGAGCAGCUGGCCUACUACCACCAUGACUGGGUGAUCUUUAGGGGUUGGUGUUCUCCUGGUGCUGACUGCAUCACCCCAGGCCUCUACGCCAUGGUGGGGGCUGCUGCCUGCUUAGGUAAGGCCUGCGUGGCUACUGUAUGUUGGCACCUUGCAUGUUUAACAGCUUUUCCUUCACUUGUUUUGUCUUUAUUCUAGGCUCCUUUUUCCUGGUUAAAUGUUGUCUUGUGGUUAGAGGUCGACCGAUUAUGAUUUUUCAACACCGAUACCGAUUUAUUGGAGGACCAAAAAAGCUGAUACCGAUU